UGGCAACCCGUAUAGAACGUCACGUCAACUGUCUCAUAAUAAAAGCAGUUACCGGUUUCAUGUUUUCGUAAUUUUAAUAGCAAGUAUCAACAGACAGUCAAAUACUGAACUGAAAAACGUUGCGUAGGAUUAAAUAUUAGUAAUUUUUACUAUCGCCAUGCGUUUGAUUUACUUUACAAGUAUACUUGUUAUCCAAGCGACGUGUGCCUUGCGAUUUCGCCUCGGACGAGACAAAGGUGGUAACUUAGGUGCUCCCCAUGUUGAAAAUGUGAACUUGCCCAAGGCGCAAUGGUUUAAGCAAAAGCUUGAUCAUUUCAGUCCAGCCGAUCAGAGGACUUGGAAGCAGCGCUACUUUGUAAAUGAUACCUUCUACGACUUUACCAACCCUGGUCCCGUGUUCCUGAUGAUAGGGGGUGAAGGUCCCGCUGACCCCAAGUGGAUGGUACAAGGAGCUUGGAUAGACUAUGCCAAGAAAUUUAAUGCUCUGUGUAUCAACUUGGAACAUAGAUAUUAUGGAGAAAGUCAUCCUACGGAAGACAUGUCAGUAAAGAACCUUCAAUACUUAUCAUCGUCGCAAGCGUUGGCGGACUUGGCUUAUUUCAUCCCCGCGAUGAAUAACAAGUACAAAUUGGCUAAAGGGGUGAAAUGGAUAGCGUUCGGCGGGUCAUACCCUGGGUCGCUGGCCGCUUGGCUGCGGUUGAAGUACCCACAUUUAGUGCACGCUGCGGUCUCGUCCAGCGGUCCCUUGUUGGCUAAAGUCGACUUUGUAGAAUACUUUGAAGUGGUGAUCGAUGCGCUACGAGAGAAAACUGGAAGCGAUGACUGCGCCUACGAAGUCAAACAAGGCCAUUCAGAAAUCGUUGAACUGAUGAAAACCAACCCUACUCUUAUUCAACACGAAUUCAAAGUGUGCCAGCCGUUCGACAGAGCGACGGCGAACGACCUGAACAACUUCUACGACACGCUGGCGAACAACUUCGCGGGCGUCGUGCAGUACAACGAGGACAACCGCAUCGGCAGCAACCCCAAGUACAGGAACGUCACUAUCAACACUAUUUGCCGCUUGCUCACCGAAGAGACCGCCCGGCCGUCUCACAUGAAGCUGGCAGACUUCAACUCCGUGAUACUAGAGGUGGAGAACCAGACCUGCCUCGACUACAGCUACGAUAACAUGAUACUGGAGCUCAGGAACGUCACGUGGAGUAACGAGGGAGCCCGCCAGUGGACGUAUCAGACGUGCACAGAGUUCGGUUUCUACCAAACGUCUACGGGCACCACGCCAUUUUUCGGUAACAAGUUUCCCGUGGACUUCUAUAUUCAGCAGUGCCAGGAUAUAUUCGGGAAGAAAUUCAACAAGAGCUUCGUGAAUGCCGCCGCCGCGUGGACGAACAACUACUACGGCUCGUUGGACAUCGACAUCAGUCGCGUUGUAUUCGUGCACGGCUCUGUGGACCCGUGGCACGCGCUCGGGAUCACCACACCGAGGGAACACGCCCCAGCCAUCUACAUACACGGCACCGCCCACUGCGCGAACAUGUACCCACCCAGCGAAAAGGACCUCCCGGAGCUAAAAGCCGCGAGGGUCAAAAUCGAGCAACUGCUCGCCAAGUGGAUAGCCUCGUGAUCGCGACCAGUCGCGCAACCAAACCGCUCUCUAUUCACUGAAUGCUCAUGUUUGGUCGCCUUGUUGUCGACGCUCUUGCUUAUGUCAUGUAUAGAGAUAUAAGAUCUAAUCUGAUAUUUGUCAAUUGGUUUAAUGUUAAGUCGUUAGCUCAUUUGGAAUAUCUGCUUUAAGGAUAUCUGUCUUAGUGUCACGCGUACCGUACCGGAUUAAUAUGUACUUUAAGUUCAGGGAGCGUUUUAGAGUAAGUGCGUUUUCACAUUAUCCGAUCAGAUAUCGGAUGUAGGAAGGAUUUCAAAGGAAAAAAUCAAAGAUGACGGCGUAAAUAUAUGGGAUAUCGGUCCUAUUCCGAUAUCGGAUCGGAUAAUGUGAAAUCGCACUAAAGCGGACGACAACAUGAACUUCAUACAAAUUCGUCGUGCGGAUCGGUCCGCGUGACACUAAAACUAGCUUUACUGAAGUUCCUACCGUUAUCAAAAAGUUAACAUAUUUAUGCAUUGAAAAUCUCCAUUUCGGAAAUUCAAGUAUCACAAUUGACAACGUUUCAAAAUUUUCAAUGUCCCUAAAUCGAAAACCAUUUCGAGAUAUACGCUUGUAGAUCACAUAAAUAAUUUUUUUAAUUUUUUUUUCCGUAUUUUU